AUCCACGUAAGCGCAACCGUACGCAGACGCAAAAGACGGUGUACGUGACCAACAGAUCCAAGAUGAAGUAGGCGAAAUGACGCCGAGUUCCAGCUAGUCGGAAUUUAACAUCAACGGAGUGUAGAAGUAUAACGAUGGGAAGAUAGUGUGAACCAACGAAUCUUUUCUUUGUGCCUAAAGUAGACGUGACCGGCCGUUUUUUCCUCUUUAUUCACCUUAAUUUUCAACAGUUUAGUUUAAACCGAAAGGUUUUUUUUUGGGUCUAACUCUUUUUUGAAAAACAUCAACAAAUAUGGUCGAAAGGAUUAUAGAAGAAUCUGAAAAUUAUGAUUGUAACGGCAUCGUGAUCAGUAGCAACGGUGACAGCAUCAGAGGCUGUAAUGGAGGCGGCGGAGGUGGCAGUGCUUCCGACAGCGGGGAUCAGAUGGACGCUGAUACCCGCGAAAGGGAACUAGCCCGUCGCAAGGAAGAGGCAAAAAGGAGACGCCGCAAGAAGAAACGUACCGGAUCAUCAUUGGUAUCAUCAUGUUUUCAAGAUCUAUAUAAAUUGACCGGUGAAGUUUUGGGGGAGGGUGCCUAUGCCUGUGUCCAAGCUUGCGUUAGUUUGUUCACCGAACAAGAAUUUGCAGUAAAAAUAAUCGAUAAGGUUCCUGGUCAUGCCAGAGCCAGAGUUUUUCGAGAAGUCGAAACUUUCCAUCAUUGUCAAGGUCAUCCAAACAUUAUUCAGUUGACGGAAUUUUUUGAGGACGAAGAAAAGUUUUAUUUGGUUUUUGAAAAGAUUAAUGGAGGUCAGCUCCUGAGGAGAAUUCAGGAAUACAAAUAUUUCAGCGAGGCCGCCGCAGCGGAAAUCAUUAGAGAAGUUGCUUCGGCGUUGCAAUUUAUGCACGCUAAAGGAAUAGCGCACAGAGAUUUAAAACCGGAAAACAUACUCUGUGUACACAGCGAUCGACUGUGUCCUAUCAAAAUUUGCGAUUUUGAUUUGGGAUCCGGUAUCCGCUUUCAAUCGAGCGUAUCCAGCCCUUUAGCUACACCACAAUUAUUAACACCGGUGGGUAGUGCGGAGUUUAUGGCGCCGGAAGUAGUGGAAGCAUUCAUCGGUGAAUCCGAAACCACGUCCUACGAUAAAAGAUGCGAUUUAUGGUCAUUGGGCGUCAUCAUGUACAUCCUACUGUGCGGAUAUCCGCCCUUUUACGGAAAAUGCGGCAGAGAUUGCGGUUGGGAGCGUGGAGAUAAUUGCAACGCUUGCCAGGAAUUGUUAUUCCAAAGCAUCCAAGAAGGCAGGUACGAUUUCCCGGAACCUGAAUGGGAUACCAUAUCAGAUGAAGCUAAAGAUCUAAUUUCCUCUCUUUUAAUAAAGAACGCUAGAGAACGCAUAAGCGCCGAAAAGGUAUUGAAGCAUCCAUGGCUUCAAUUCGCGAGUGAUACAGCCGCUCUCACGACCCCGGCUGUCAUCAAGAAAAACAACUCCGUUUUAGAACUAUCCCAGUUUGCGGAGUCUGCAAUGGCUGUGAAUAGGGUGGUGCAACAACAUUUCAGUAUGAAAUUGGAUUAUUUGGAAAGACCGAAUAUCUACGCGCCCGAUAAAAGACCGUUGAAGACAUGCGCGUCGGCCAAAUUAUUCGGUUUAAGUCCACCGAGCGAAAGUAAUCUUAUGCGCAGGCGUAUCAAAGGUGGGUCCUGUCAGAUUUUAAUGCCAGCGCCGGCGCCAGCCAUACCCAGUCCAAGCGGUUGAUGUUGCCCAUCUCUUCGAAAACAAAAACGUGUUUGAAAUUUUUGAAAUUUAAUUUUUUUCAAUUUACUCUAUUUUUUUUUUUUGGCAUUCUUAAAGAGAUAAUUCAGUUUAUAUUCGCGUUGUGUUCGAUACUAUCAACAUGAUGCGACAAGUUACUGUUUGUUUUCAUUUUGUAUUUUUCUAUUGUAAAGCUGAAUGGAUCAUGAUAUUGAGGCAUUUAUAAACCAACAAAGAGGAUCCCACCACCAACAACGAAUUUACAUGUCGGCGUGAGAACCUUAAAGUUAAUUUAGUGCGGGUCAUAAACAACAUAAAAAUUACUUGAGUAUGACAAUAAUUAAAAAAAAAUAACGACGCUAAUAUACAGUUGAUUGAAUUACUUUUGCAAAUUAUUAAUUAGUGGUUGGACAAAUUCAUGCCGAAAACAAUUUGAAAAAUAAAUUCAUUCACAUUGUAUAAUUGGUUCAGGAGUUUAUAUAACAUAGCCACCACUACUUUUUUUAAAAAAAUUAUCCCCAAAAAAUAGAUAGAUAGAUAAAUGAUAUAAAUAAAAUGAUUAAUAAAUACAAAAAUUUAUAAUGUAACUAAGCUUUUCACUGCGACGCCCUUCUAUAGUCGAAAACCAGUGAAGCUUCCCCUGCUUUGCCCCAUUUUAGUAGGUCCAGACGAAUGUUGUGUGCUUGCGGACCAUCCAAAAAGUGGAACGCAAGAUUUUCAACAUCUGAUUUCUACAAAUGAUUAAAAUAGUCCCUUAAACCCAUUCUAAUAGAUUUCGUAAAUGAUUUUACCAAUCAUUAUUAUAAUUAUCAACUCCUGACCCAAUUAUGAUUUUUUUUCAAUUGUUACCAAUAUCAGAGCAUGAAUUUGAAUAAAAUCUCACGCAUAAUUGAGUUGAUACCAUUUCGAAUAUUCGUGCAAAAAAAAUUUUUUUCAUUGUUCGAAUAUUACAAUAAAUUUUUCUUGUACAGUAGAUGUAGUGUUGGUAUAUAUUUGUUUAAAAAAAAAUAUCAUUUCGCCAACUCGACAUUAAUUUACAUUAUACAGGUAGGGGCGAUGCGGUAUAUUUAUUAUCCCAUCGAAUAAACAUUUCUAACAGGGUUGAAAAAUAUAUAUAUAUAUCUCAGUUCAGGUGAAAAAUAAAUUUAGGGAUUUGAAGUACUUUAUAAGUACAACAAAAAAAAAUUAAACGCCUCAUUAAUUAGAUUAAUUUUGUCUACAGUACCAUACUUUUAGUAAGUAAUUAGGGUUAAGGUGUAAAAUAUUUAAGGCUAUCGAGAGGCUAGUUAUUUCGAAAUUAUGCUGUAGAUGGAGUUUCGCUUGAUAACGGGUGCGGUUGCGUACAACUAGCUUGAAAUUGUAGUCCGAUAAAAUGGGGGGUUUUAAAAAAAAGGAAACAGUCUUAACAAAAUUUUAAUAAUAAUUAUAGUGUCUCGAUUAUUAUUAUUAUUAUUAUAUGAUUCUUAUUAAAUCGUACAUUUAUAGCGUCUCGAGGCAAUACAUGUUGUAACAUACCAUUCGAUUUGUUACUUUUUUAUUCAAACAUUCUUUUGUUUUUGUAUUGUGGCACAAUAAUCACUUCCGAUUUAUUUAUUCUAAGAAUCGAGAUUUGAAGAAAUUGAUUUGUUAUCAACCCCCCUCUUCUUUCGAGAAAUUCAAUAAUACCUCGGAAUCUAUGCUAAAUCGUCCUCUAUCUACCAAUACUUUAAAUCAAAGCUUUUAUUCUUUAUAUUCGCUGAUAAGUUUUUCAAAUAUUUUUUCAACUUUGUUUUUUUAUUAUAGUGCUCACAAAAUUCCAGUUAUUUCUAUAGAUUUGAUUUUGAUUUGAGCAAAUUUUGUAUUUUAGUUUUCGUAUAAAUUAAUUUCGAUAUUUAAAAAACUUACCAGCGAAUAUAAAGAAUAAAAUCACCCCUAAUUUACUUUGGUUUAAAAUGUAGGUAAAUAGAGGACGAUUUAACAUAGAUUCCGAGGUUCUAUUCAAUUUGUCUAAAGAAUUGGGGGAUUAUUGUGCCACAAUACUUGGGAAUAAAGGAAUGUUUGAAGCCGAAUGGCAUGUUACAAUGUACUAUAAACAAGGGGACACAACUAAAGAAUUACUGCCAAAAAAUGUCUUCAAUUUUAAAGUUUUUAACAACCACAUUUUAUUAUAGAAACUUAUUUGAGGCUAAUUAUUUUUUUUUAUGAAAACUAAUGCUAGAGCAGCUAUUAUUAAUUGAAGAGUUUCUCUACUCAUUUCUAUUGAACUUGACAAUCUUACUAACAUAAAUAAUUGUACAUACAACCAAAUAUCUAGUUUCAAAAAUCCUCUAUAGAUGUAAGAUUGAAUGUAUAUAUGGUAGCAUUUAUCGAUGGACAACCUCGUAUUCGCACUGUUCGCUUUGGUACCUUGCAAAUACGAUAAGAGCAGUUGAAAGUAUAUCUGAUAUUCUUCAGGUGGUACUUCACCUAACAGUGUCCAGUAACUCUCCAUAGCUACCGUUUGUUCAAUGAACCAAUUAGUAUCCAAACGAGCUACUAAUCUGGACACUCUGCAGCUUUCUUCUUCUAGUUUUAAGAAGAUUGAAUAAAAACGAAAUAACAUUUGUCGAUGGACAAUAUUGUACUUGCAGAGGGGUUCCACUGUUAGCUUUGGUUCCUUGUUACAAUGCUUUCCAGGUGAUAUUUCACCUGACAGUAUUUUUAACUUUCCAUAGCUACAGUCUGUUUAAUGAACCAAUGAAACUAAUCUGGGCACUCUACAACUGACUUUUUACUUGUUUUAAGAAAAUUGAAUGAAACAAUGAAGAUUUGUCGAUGGACAACCUCUUACUUGCAUAGAAGGUUACAUUGUUUGCUUUAGUUCCUUGCGACAAUGCUUUCCAGGUGAUACUUCACCUGACAGUGUCCAGUAACUCUCUUCUUUGUUUGAUGAAAAGAACUUUUGGAUCCGGUUAGUAGAAUAAAUAGUAAAUCUCUUCGAUUGUAUCAGACCUGGGGUCUUUCUCCAUGUUUUGAUAUCCUACUGUGGAAACCUAUAAAAAGUUGUAGUCAGGUGAUCAGUUUCUUUAUUUCGAUGAAGCUGGGAACCAACUAAUCGGUCUUGAAUUGUUAAUAAAUAUCUUGAUGUUACUUAUUAUAUUUUAUGUUUGGUUUCUUCAUUUAAUUUUUUCUAUGAAUGAAGUAAUAGGAGGUAGAGGGCGAUACUGGAACACUGUAGAGUUGUAGAUACAAAAAAAGAAGUAGAAAACCCAUAAACUUUAAAUCAAAUAAUUAAAAGGUUGAUUUUAAGUGUUAAUAACAAUGUUUAUAUAUGAAAUAUGUGGUAUAAUGAAAACCUGAUGAGCAAUAUACAUAUAGAGGAUUGUUUUUUGGUAGUUUAAUUCUGUGGUAAAGUUAUGAAUCAAUCGGGCCAUGUUCAACUAUAUAAUGCCUUAAUAUGAAUUGAUGGUUCAGCUGUGGCCUAGAUAUAUAAAUAUAUAUAUAUAUAUAUAUAUAUAUAUAUAUAUAUAUAUAUAUAUAUAUAUAUAUAUAUAUAUAUAUAUAUAUAUAUAAUAUAAACUAUCUCGCUUGAAUUUUUAAUACUUUUGUAUGUGUUAAAAGUAGAUUGUAAUCAGUCUACGAUUUGUGAUAAUAAAUAAGCAUCUGAUGUGCGAUUUAGUCGCACUAUAGACUGUAGAACGCCGUACCUGCUUUCAUUUCAGUGAGAUAUGGAACAUGAAAUUGGGCUUAGAAAUUGCCCUAGGGGUCCAUCGAUACCCCGCUUACGUACUGACAGUCCAUUUGUAUUCUAAGAAUCCUAUAUAAGUUUGGAUAUUUUUUUAAGAUUUUGUAAUGCUCAAGGGUGGAAGUUUCCAUAUGAUAAGAGUGGUAUCCAAACAGGGCGCGUUUUCAAUCAAAUACCAAAUUAAUGCUUGUAUCAAUACGAUAUACAUACGUCAAAAAUGACAAAUGCAAUUAUUUAAUUUCUUAAUAUUUAUAUAUUUAUUUUUCUAAACGUUAAAAACAUUUUAUCGAAUUAAUAAUUUUAAUGUUAAUUCUAUUUUAAUUAAAAAAUUAUUUAUUCGAUAAAAUACAAAAUUUUAUUUAUGUUAAUUACAACUUUUAAUAUUUAUGUAAAAGAAAUUUCAACAUCCAUAUACAUAUUCAAAAUUGGUUGCAGGAUAUUCUGUUAUCUUGAUAUUUUCAAAAACUGUGCGUUUUAUCGGAAGUGAAUUAUGCGAAAAACAGUGUGUGUACCAUGACAUUCGAUUUUAUCAUCCAAAAAAAUGAUGUAACUAGUGAAUAAACUUUGUCCGUAAAAUUACAGUACUUUUUACAUGUUUUCAUCUUAUUUAGAAUUUCUGCAACCAUUACUUUUUUUUGUCAUUUUUACGUAUGUAUUUCCUGUAUGUAGUAAUACAGAUCGUGACUCCCAGUGCUUUUUGUAAUAAUAAAAUUUGGUAUUUGUCACUUCCAACACUCAGGGUAGCAAAUGUUGGGUGAGAAUUUUUGAGAUAAAUGUAUGUGAUAAUAAGUAUGAAUGCAAACAAAACCUUUAUAAUAUUGUAGUUUGCCCCUACAGAUUGGAGUAUUGUUUUUUUUUUCUAAGAUUUAUUUUAAGGCAUUUAUUAAUGUACUUUAACAGUACCAUCAAUUUCCAAUCGAUUUAUACCAAAAAAAAUUAAAAAUUUAAUACAUAAUUGCCCCAUGUAAAUUAAACAAGUUUUAAUUCCCUUUUAACGCAGUUAACUCUGAAAGAGAAACGUUAAGCGGGAUUAUUAGGAUUUUCCCACAAGAUAUACCCCAUCUAGUAAUUAAAACAUGAAUCAGUGAUUAAGCAAUUUUAAUUUUAUUUACGUUGCUUCUUUCCUUCAUUUUAAAACCUUUAAUUUUAUUUAUUCAGAAAAAAGUCCUCCACAAUAAUAAUUUCUGGGUAUCUUUCAGUUCAUCGAAGAAAAAUUUAAUACAGUCUUUAGGUUUCAUUUUUUUCCCAAAUAUUUUGAUAAGUAAUAAAAGAGUCAAAAAUCCAGAUGAAAUUUAGUUCUCCAAUAAGUAAAAGCGAAUAAAAAUGUGAAAUUUGUACAGGGAUAAAACACCUAGAUGAUUAUGGCUUCGAUGAUUCUAGUUGGUAAAUGAAGAAUUGGAACAGUUUCUUUAUUUUUAAUAUCCUUAAAUUACUCGUUGACUACCUACUCAUAUAUUUCAAAUAAAUUGAAUCCUGACUCAUAAUAUUUUUUAUGAAACUUCCGUACUGAUUUGUUAAUUUUUUUUUUGAGGUGGUAGCAUCUUUGUCAAGUUCCCAAUUUCAAUAUCGUAAUCUGAUUUCUUGAAUUUCAAAUCAUUAUUGUUCUCAAUGCCUAUCUUUAUAUGAAUCACCUUGUAUAAUUUAUUUGGGACGUUUUGUAUCCAAAAUAUAUUUUCAUGGCUGAUUUUGCUGUGAGUGCCAUUUUUUUUAUUUAUAUAGAAUGUCUCAUCAAAAAUCAAAUAGUAUUGUUAUAUAUUUUACAUAUUUUUUCAAAAAAAUUGAAAUAUUGUGAAAAGAAGUGCAAGAAAUUCGAUGAUGAAUAAAGUAAAUUGUGAUGUGAAAACAAUCUUUCAAAAUCGUUAUGUAUAUAUAUAUGGUGAGACAUGCUGUAUAUGUUAUAAUUGACUCGGUAUGGCAUUUUUCCCCUCCUGUUUUAGACUAUACCGAUUUGGUUAUAAAUAUGAGCAGAAAUUAUAUCAAUAUUGUUAAUAAAAAAAAAUUUGGUUACAACUUGAGACAUCAGUUUUUUUUACUACAAGCAUGUCGGCGUUGUGUAAAAAAUAAAGAUGGAAAUUUAUGUACCAAGUGUGCUUUAAUUUCUUAUAAAUAAAGACCGAUUUUUUUACAAA